CACUUUUAUUUCAAUGUGACAGAUCUUGUAAUCAUCUGCAAAUUGACGAAAAUUUUAGUUGCCCGAAUCGAUCGCAGUACCUUGCCAAGUUUUCUUUUGCAUGGAAAUUUCCAUUUCGUCAAAAUUGUCAGUGAGUGCAAAAUUAUUGUUGUUAUCAGAAAAUUUGUGAAGUUUCAUUAAUCGGAAAGGAAAAUGAUGAACUUUGACACCAAUUCGAAUGGUGAAAAGAAACCAUGUCGAACGUGCACGGAUUUCAAAACAUGGGCAAAACAGCAGAAAAGUGUUUACAGAGCAAAAUCAGAAGGUGGCGACAGUUACGACAGUCAAGUGACCCCAAAUAAACCGCUGAGUGAAACGGGCCGUUUUAAACACGGUUGCCCGGUGGACAAAGAUGUAUUGGGCCAUUCGACAUGGAAUUUAUUACACACGAUGGCCGCUGUUUAUCCAGACAAACCAACCGAGACACAAAAACAAGAUGUUAAAACAUUUUUCGGUAUCUUAUCACGAACGUAUCCAUGUGAUGUGUGUGCAAAAGACUUAGCCAACGAAUUAAAAGAAGAACCAAUUGUAGCAAAUUCAAGCGAAGACCUCUCACAGUGGCUCUGCCGUUUACAUAACAAAGUCAAUGUGAAAAUAGGCAAACCCGAGUUCGAUUGCAGCAAAGUCAACGAACGAUGGCGAGACGGUUGGCUCGAUGGAUCGUGUGAUUAAAUGCAAUACAAAAUUUUUGAGUAAAUCGACAGCUUUGUGUUUUUUUUCCUUGUUAUUUUAUUGUAAAUAGUAAAUAAAUGUCGUGAUGCGCGAAUUUAAUACAAAUGAAGUUACAAUUAUUUACGAAUAGAUGAUAUGAACUAACAAUUUUUUAAUAAUGUAAAUGAACAGUACAUUCAGUUGCCAAUUAUAUCGGACUCAUUAGAACGUUUGACGAGCUCGUCCUCGCAUAUCGAUUCCUGUUGGGAACAAAUACA